AUUUUAUUUGCGCCGGGUCAAUUUCUAGACCUUGAGAACUUGAGAAAUUUUUGUCGAGUCUCGUAUCCUCAACUUCUUACGCCGAGAUGAAGGUCCUCAGUCUUAAUUUCCUAACUUGCGCAGUCAAGGCGUGCAAAAGCUCCUCGAAUUCGUAUCCCCUUCAUCCCAAAGAUGCAGAGCUGGUGCAGGACGAUAUCGAGGUGAACGUUCAACUGCUGCUCAAUGUACUGCCCCGCAUCGAUUGGACCGCCCUGUCCACGACGGCUACCGAACUCGGCUUCCCAGCCCUACCGCCUCAGCCGCCAUCAGUGGAAGAGCUGCAAGGCGACGAGCAGAAGAUGAAGGACCUGCACAACCUACUCAUGGAAACGCAGAUCAUGGAGGGCAAGCUCGUGUGCGCCAACUGUGGCCACGAGUACGCCAUUCGUGAGGGCAUCGCCAACUUUCUUUUGCCGAGCCACUUGGUUUAACAUCAUUAGCAUUUGCUGGGAUGGGUGAACUUGAGGAGAGGCGAGGCGAGGCAAGGCAAGGCAAAGGUAAAGCAAGUGAACACUGUGCUACUAUUUGGGAUCUACCUAGACGACUGCAAGCACAUAAGACUUGGGCAGGCGUUCCGGAGUUAAGUUGCCGAGGCGCAAAAACUACACAAGGCCAAUGUGGUUACUCUAAAGGCACGGCGGAGAGAACUUUCAAAAGGGGCAAGGAGAAAGGGAAAA